UCUAAUUGGGUGGUGCAAGCCAGAAACUUAGCUGUAAUGAUGAUCAGGAUAGUGACGGCUUUUUCCCACAUGAAAACACACAGUUUUCACCAAUCAAACUAAAGCACUAUGAUUUUUAUCUCAUUUAUACACUACAAGACAAAGUCAUUGAUAGAUAUCUUGCCACUUGCUUGGAUGAUUUCACUGUUUUCAUUGAUAUAUAAGCCCCCCUGCUUUCACAGUAUUCUCAUGUAUAGCAAGUGCUUCUUCCCUUUGCUUCUUGGCUGCUCUAACUUAUUUGCUUUUUGAGAGAAAGAGAGAGAGAGAGGGAUUGCUGAUAUGGCAAUUGGGCAAUGUAAGGAUGUUGAAAAUGGUGACAUUGUGAAUGGCCUUGAAGAUUUAGAAAAGCCAUUUAUCCAGCCGGGGAUAGUUGUGAGGUAUGAGGAUGAUGAUGAGAGUGAUGAAAGUGGAUCUAUUUGGAUGGUUCUACUUAGCACAUUUGUUGCUGUGUGUGGCUCUUUUGAAUUCGGCUCAUGUGUGGGGUAUUCAGCUCCCACUCAGUCUGCUAUCAGGGAAGAUCUUAAUUUAUCUCUGGCUGAGUUCUCCAUGUUUGGUUCUAUUUUAACAAUUGGCGCAAUGCUUGGUGCUAUAACAAGUGGCCGAAUGGCAGACUUCCUUGGUCGCAAAGGGGCAAUGAGAAUGUCAGCUGGUUUUUGCAUCACUGGAUGGCUAGCUGUUUACUUUUCUCAUGAAGCUUGGUCUCUAGAUAUGGGGAGGCUUUUCACAGGAUACGGAAUUGGAGUCUUCUCUUAUGUGGUUCCAAUAUAUGUAGCUGAAAUAGCACCGAGGAGUCUUCGUGGAGGGCUCACAACAUUGAAUCAGCUCUUGAUUGUUACAGGCUCAUCAGUGUCCUUCUUAAUCGGCACUGUCAUAUCCUGGAGAAUGCUGGCUCUAAUUGGGCUUAUUCCAUGCAUUUUGCUGCUUGUGGGUCUAUGCUUUGUGCCAGAGUCACCCAGAUGGCUGGCAAAGGUUGGCCUCCAAAAGGAAUUUCAAGUUGCUCUUCGAAAACUUCGUGGCAAAGAUGCUGAUAUUACUCAGGAAGCAACUGAAAUCCAAGUUUACAUCCAAACUCUUGAAAGCCUUCCCAAAGCUAGAAUGAUGGAUUUGUUCAACCGCAAAUACAUCCGUCCUGUGAUUAUCGGUGUGGCGUUGAUGGUAUUUCAACAAUUUGUUGGAAUCAAUGGGGUUGGAUUCUAUGCUAGUGAAACCUUUGUUCAAGCUGGGCUCUCUUCAGGAAAAAUCGGCACAAUCGCUUAUGCUUGUGUUCAGGUUCCAAUAACCAUAAUAGGGGCAGUAUUAAUGGACAAGUCAGGAAGAAGACCACUUAUAAUGGUUUCUGCUUCUGGGAUUUUCCUCGGCUGCAUUCUAACUGGCAGUUCUUUCUUGCUUAAGGGCCACAAUCUAUUGCUUGACUUGGUGCCAAUAUUAGCUGUUGGUGGAGUCCUGAUCUAUAUCGCGGCAUUUUCACUUGGAAUGGGAGCAGUUCCUUGGGUGAUAAUGUCUGAGAUCUUUCCCAUAAAUAUGAAGGGAAUAGCAGGAAGCUUGGUAGUGUUGGUGAAUUGGUUAGGUGCUUGGGCAGUUUCCUUUACUUUCAAUUUCCUCAUGAACUGGAGUUCCUCAGGCACUUUCUUUGUCUAUUCUGGAUUCUCUGUGAUGACCAUCUUAUUCGUGUCAAAGUUCGUCCCGGAAACGAGGGGAAAGACACUAGAAGAAAUCCAGGCAUGCAUCAACUCAUAGACAACAACACAACUGUCGAUCAAAUGAAUAUGCAUUUGGAGAAAAUUUUUGAUAGAUCGAAACGAGUUUGGCGCAACUUUUUUCUCAGUUGGUUUCAAUAAUUCAAGGCUGGAACAUAGCCAGUGGAUGCAAAUGAUCUGAAUUAUGUCAUGUGCCAACCUCCAGGGGCUCCAUUGGAGACUGCAGUAAAGAAUAAUAUAGCAGAUUGUAUUGUUUCUAAUCUUUUAAUACCCCCAUUGUAUUGAAUUUUAAGUGUUUUAUAAAUUUAAUUUUUACUUGG